GUCGUGCCGCGGUGGAGCCGUGAAUCUGCUCUGAACGUCGACCCGGCAAUCAUGCGAGGGAUCCCACUGAAAGAGACUCUUCGAUGUGGAGGGCGCCUGUGGCGAUGGUGCCCAGCUGAUCUUCCCCAGAAGGGAAAGGCGUCAUUAUGGCAGCGUUCAAAGCCAACGACGCGAUUCGACAUCUUCUUGUCCCACACGUGGGCGACGUCAGGACGGUGGAAGUUCCUGUCCUUGUCCCUACAGUUUGGCUGGCGACACGUCCUCCUGACGUGGAUCAUCGUUGUCUUCGUCGUAGAGGCUCUCACGCUUUUGGACGUCUUGCCUAUGUAUUUCGUGUAUGAGACAUCCAUCAACGGCGAAAGGCUGCGGUGCCCCUUCGGUGGCUGGGCCCUCUACAUUGGCGUCACGAUGUCCAUGUUCGCUCUCGUCCUCGCGCCCUAUGGCCCCGGCUUCUGCAAGCAUCAGCUCUGCUUCCUCGAUGUCGUGAGCAUCAACCAACUGGACGAAGAGAUGAUGCAGCAAGGGAUCUACGGGCUUGGAGGCUUUCUGAGCGCAUCGAAAGAGCUGAGGAUCCUCUGGAGCCAACCCUACCUCUCGAGGCUUUGGUGCGUCUUCGAAUUGGCAGCCUUUCGAACCGCCAACCCCACGGGGAGAAUCAACAUGGCGCCCCUACAUGUCGAAGCGCUGGUUGCUACAACCUGGGUGGGCUGCUACAUGCUGAUGUUGCCUCUGGUUCCCUCCCUGUCGGCAAGAG